CAUAGGGUGUUCUUGUCGCACUCUCUUCACUUCGCUGACCUAAACGAAUCAUACAGGAUUACGUUCAAAGCACUCGGAAGCAGUUUACAGUUUAAUAUCACGUUGGGAUCCUGAUUUCAAGCGAAGAUGACUUCACAGAUAAAUAACACCACAGCAGCGAACCAAGAAAACAACGCAAUGCCUGACAUCCUGGAUGUACAAGUUGGACUGACUAUUCUAGGAGUGGUUUCCUUUGUUGUUUCCAUGGUCGGUAACUGUGCGGUGAUCCACAUAGUGCGCACGCGCAAGCACAUGCGCAAUACGACAAAUAUAUUGAUCUCCAACAUGUCCGCUGCUGAUAUCUUAAUGACGUUUGUAUAUCCAUAUUUAAUCAAAUAUUAUUUCGUCGGUGCUCAGUGGUUUGGGGGUGUCAUGGGAACCGUCACGUGCAAGCUAAUAAUUUCCUCUCAAAUGAUUUCCAUAUUUAGUUCAGUCUAUACUCUGUUGGUUAUCAGUAUUGAUCGGUUUCUUGGAGUAAUGAAACCAAUGAAAAGAUACUUUACGAUGAAAGUUGCUAAAUGGAGUAUUUUAUCCGUAUGGGCUGCAUCUAUUGCCUACUCUAUACCUUUGAUUAUCGUUGCUAAUGUACGAUUUCAGGACGGAGUAUACAUUUGCGCKGAAUUCUGGGAAACGUCGGGUAUGUCCCCACGUGACCACGUCAUUAUUUUUUUAUGCCUGACGUAUAUCAUUCCAUUGAUUCUGAUUGGUGCUGCUUACGGAAUGUCGGGUUAUAAAUUAUGGCGGAGUCGACCACCAGGAGAUCAGAAUAGUGUCACCCGCGUAAGUCAUCGCUCCAUGAGAGAGAGCAGAAGAAAAGCCACUAAAAUGUUAAUCACUGUCGUCGUCACCUUUGCACUUUGUUGGCUUCCACUUCACGUUCGUGAAAUAAUACGAGCCGAGGCACCAGAUGUCUCGUUAGCAAUUCCAUUGAAAUUAGACUUAGCUCUUCCCUGGUUUGGAUUCUGCAAUAGCUGCAUCAACCCGAUCCUUUAUGUCAUCUUCUCAUUGAAGUUCAGACAAGAAUUCAAGAGAACAUUGUUCUUCUGGCGGCCACAAUCAGAUUUCGAGACUUUCAGUAGUCCAGGAAGUCCAAUGACGUAUUCUAGAUAUACGACGAAACUAUAUAACUGUGCAGUGAACGGGAGAAAAGCCCCAGAAAAAGACACUNUUGUUUAGUAUAGACAGACCUAGGUCUAGUAUUAGAACGGAAUAAAAUGAAAUAUAGCGCUUUAACGUAGUAUCUUUCUCAAUGAAUAGAGUGGUUUUCGGGGACCUGUGAAAUACACUUUAGCGUAUUACACUUUAAUACACUUUAUUGUCCGCAUUUUCUUUUGAUUUUCUUUUGUGUUUUCGUUGUAUUACAAUUUAUUACACCUUAGUUAUUACACUUUGUUUCACGGGUUUUUGAAAACCACUCUAUUCACGUUUAUCGCUUUCUCACUGGCAAAUAAAUAGACCUCUUUAGGGCGUUUUAUUAUUCCAUUUAAGAGCACGUGUCAUUCUCUUGAGAUUAAGAUUCUUUGUGUGAGUUGUAUCGGGGAGGUCGGAGUAUCUACAGUCUUUUGACUAAACGUUGUCGUUGAUCGGAUCAUCCCUACGCGCCUAGACCGAAAAGGAUAACGGAUAAAUUACCCAGAACUUGCGUCAUCCAAACUGCUCGCCAGUUUAAAUCUUCGCCGUAUGCUCGAGGCAUGGUUUUAGCAAAUUAAAUGGGAUCGAAAACAGCGAGCUCAAGACGUGUUAGAUAACAUAUGAGGCAGCUAGUAACUGUGAAUUAAUUAUCCCCAUGAUCCUGUUUGGUCUAGGCGCUCAGGGAUGAAGCCGAUCAAACGACAACGUUUAGUCAAAAGACUGUAUAUCCAUGUGUCAACCGAGCGCAACUGUUACACAAAGAAAUGAUACUCUAGGGAAUAACAUUUGGGCUGACUAACAGGGAAAUGGGAAAACAUUACCCCAAAGGUAAAAAGAUCCAUUUCGCGCAACCUGAGACACCAAUAAAGGAGCCUACUCUAGGACUCAUUUAUCAUUCUAUUGUACUCCAAAAUAAUAAUAAAAUAAAAAAACGUAUUCCCCAA